AUCACCAACCUUGUCUCGACAUUUAUGAAAUCUACGGCUGCUAGUGCGCUUAUAGCAGUCGGUUCAUUCGGUGUUCAUAGUGGAUUUAUCCUUGGUCUGUUUCGGGUUACACGGCCGUUGUUUCGAGUUUAAUCUACAGUGAGAUUCCAACCGAUUGAACGUUUUAGCUACUCCUUUCAGCUUCGUUGAAGAUCCCUUUAUUAAACGAUUGCUGCUUUUCUUGAGUGAAACCACAGUACAAAGUAAGAAUUUAAAAAAAUGUCGUCAUCCGCCGUGACUACUAAAACGUCCAAGUACUCCUACCGUUCGACCGGCGGUGGCACUGCCGAUGUUAGCAUCGAGUAUAGUGCAGACCUCAGCGCAUUGUCCCGACUGGAGGAUAAACUCCGUCUCCUACAAGAAGACUUAGAAUCCGAACGUGGUCUCCGUCAAAGAAUCGAACGCGAGAAAGCUGAUCUCAGUGUGCAGGUGAUUCAACUGUCGGAGCGUUUGGAAGAAGCUGAAGGGGGUGCCGAGGGUCAGCUGGAAAUCAACCGCAAACGGGAUGCCGAAUUGACCAAAUUGCGCAAGCUGCUGGAAGAUGUGCAUCUGGAGUCCGAAGAAACCGCACACAUAUUAAAGCGCAAACACCAGGAAAUCGUCACCGAUUUCAACGAACAAAUCGAAGCUGUGACCAAGUCAAAGCAAAGAAUCGAAAAGGAGAAGUCAAAACUUCAGGCAGAAAUUUACGAAUUACUGUCACAGGUAGAGAGUGUCUCAAAGGACAAACAGAUCAGCAUCAAGACAAUCGAAAAACUUGAAGUGCACGUGACCGAGUUGAAUAUCCGCAUUGAGGAAUUGAAUCGCACGAUUGUAGACAUUACGUCACACAAAACGCGCCUGUCGCAGGAAAACAUCGAUCUCGUGAAAAAUUUGCAAGAUCUGAAGCUGAGCGUCGAGAGCAUCUCGUUCUCGAAGACGCAGCUGAACUCGCAGCUCGAAGAAGCGAGACGCCGUUUAGAGGAGGAUGAUCGCCGUCGUUCGAUGCUUGAGUCCAGCCUGCACCAGGUUGAGACAGAGUUGGAAUCGAUCCGGCUGCAACUGGAAGAGGAAUCAGAGGCUCGACUCGACCUCGAGCGCCAGCUGGUCAAGGCGAACGGUGAGGCAGGUACAUUCAAAUCGAAAUACGAAGCCGAGUGCAUGACUCGUGUCGAGGAAGUGGAGGAGAUCCGCCGCAAGUACACCGUACGCAUCACUGAGUCGGAAGAGCAUAUCGAGUCGCUACAGGCACGGCUUAGUAAACUGGAAAAGGAAAAGAGUCGGCUAACGAGCGAGAUUGAGGUACUGAUCAUAGACCUCGAGAAGGCUAACAACGGCAUCCGCGAGUACACGAAACGUAUCGAAAUUCUGGAAAAAACCAACAUCGAAAUCAAGACUCGUCUGGAAGAGACAAUUGUACUUUACGAUCAGUCCCAACGCGAUCUGCGCCAGAAAACAUCCGACUUCCAGCGAUUGACCCACGAGCUGGACAAAACUCGCGAGCAGAAAGAUCAGCUUGGUCGAGACAACAAUAAGCUACAGAGCGAACUUCAUGAAGCCCGCAGCACUGUGACCGAACUGACGCGCCGUCUACAUGAGUAUGAGAUUGAGUUGCGCCGUUUGGAGAACGAGCGAGAGGAGUUGACUGCGGCCUAUAAAGAAGCUGAGGCUGGUCGCAAGGCGGAGGAGAAACGUGCUCAGGCACUAUCUGCCGAGUAUGGUCAGUUCCGUCACGACACCGAACGUCGCUUGUUGGAGAAGGAUGAGGAAAUUGAGUCCAUUCGCAAGCAAACAAGCAUUGAAAUAGAGCAGCUCAAUGCACGUGUGGUCGAGGCAGAAACAAAGCUCAAGAGCGAGGUACAGCGCAUCAAGAAAAAACUUCAGAUCCAGAUCACGGAGUUGGAGAUGUCGCUGGAUGUUGCCAAUCAUACCAAUAUCGAACUGCAGAAAACAAUCAAGAAGCAAUCUUUUCAACUCACCGAAAUGCAGGCCCACUACGAAGAGAUCCAGCGUCAGCUCCAGUCGACUGUCGACCAAUAUGGUAUCGCCCAGCGUCGCAUACAGUCGCUCAGCGGUGAGCUGGAGGAGAUCCGCAUAAACUACGACUCGUCGCUUCGUGCUAAGCGACAGGUAGAGGUGUCCCUCGAGGAGGCCAGCACUCGUAUCAACGAACUAAGUGUGGUUAACGCCAACUAUGCAUCGCUGAAAGCUAAGCUUGAAACCGAGCUGCAAACUCUAGCUGCCGAUUACGAAGAAGUAACUCGUGAGCUACGUGUCAGUGAUGAACGUUACCAAAAGAUUCAGGUUGAGCUUAAGCAUACCGUAGAACUACUCCACGAAGAGCAGGAAAGAAUUGUCAAAAUUGAAGCUAUCAAGAAGUCGUUGGAGGUUGAAGUAAAGCAACUAUCCAUUCGCCUGGAAGAAGUUGAAGUCAACGCAGUAGCUGGCAGCAGGCGUAUUAUUAACAAACUGGAAGCUCGCCUGCGUGACAUUGAAGUCGAACUGGACGAGGAAAGACGGAAGCACGCUGAAACGAUCAAGAUAUUGCGAAAGAAAGAACGCUCAGUCAAAGAAGUUUUUAUUCAGAUCGAGGAAGACCAGAAGAAUAUCCAAAUCUUGCAAGACGCUCUUGAGAAGGCCAACCAGAAGAUCGCUGCUUACAAACGUCAGUUAACCGAACAGGAACAAUCUUCACAGCAGUCUGUCACCAAGGUUCGCCGUUUCCAAAGAGAACUCGAAGCCGCCGAAGACCGUGCGGAUGUGGCUGAGAGUAACCUGACACUCGUUCGCGCUAAGCAUCGUACAUUUGUUACAACCUCAUCCGUGCCCGGAUCGCAGGUUUAUCUGGUUCAGGAAACUACCCGAACCGUCAAUGAAGGGUAAAUGCAACUCUUGACCUUUCGCACCCCUAAAAAGGUUCCCCGCUCUAACCAUUUGCGCUGCCGUAUAUCUAUCGGUCCGUUUCAUCCGUGCCGAUCGAACUCUUGCAUGACUGAAUAUUGAAUUGAAAACACUGGACCGAGGUGAGGCGAUAUAUAGUCUGUGCUAAUCAAUGCGCCAUUUAGCUUUGCUCAAUUGUAUUAUUUUUUUUCUUCUGUUAAUUACGUCCUUGCUUACGUGUGUUUACCAAAUUAAAAUGUUAUUACAAUAGAUUUACUCCUUAAUUAUCAUUUAUAAUUUUUUGUAAUUUAAAGAAUGUUGCCUCCUCCAGUUAUGUUUAUGUAUGCACGUUCACAAUAUACUAGUUCUCGAUACCCAUGGUUUUGAUUUUGGUACCAACAAUGAAAGCAAAACAAUGAUUUUAUAUGCACAUCCAAAGCAUCAAUAAUAAUGAUGAAAAUUAUAACAUACA